CAAUACCAAUCAAACUAUAUUUAUUUAUUUAUUUGUAUUUAAAUUGUAGAAUUAUUUUUAUAUUUAUUUAAAUAAAUAUAAAUAAGAGAGAAGAGAAUAGAAGAAGAAGAAGAACACGAAGAAGAUUUUAGAGUGUGUGGAGUUGAGUUGAAUUGAAAUCGGAAGCUCUUAGCUAUGGCGAUGCGUGAUCUUGUUACUGGUGGAGCUGCUUGUGCUGUUCCUGGCUCUUCUUCUUCCUCCGCAAAUCCUCUUGGUUCUCUUGCCAACGCUCUUAUUGGUUCUUCCUCCAAGACUAAGGAAAGGUUAGAGGAGAUUCCUACGUCGGCUCAGGGUGGUUCUUCCCAGAGACCCUUUUACGACCAAACUAAUGACCAAUUGCUUCAACUUCCUGGCUCUGAGUUUGACCGUCCAUUCCUGCAACCUGGCACCCAGGGAUCGGAAUUUAUUGGGGCUUUUCGCUCUGGUGAUCAUGCUAAUCUUGCAGAUGCCUGGGAUGAGGUACAAGCUCCUCAUCUUACUCCUCACCACAGAGAUAUUGAAUUCCAGCAUAUCUAUGACCGUGGUGCUGUUCCUCACCUUCAACCAACUAUGGAAGGGCCACCACAAAGAGUAUUGUCAAGCUUUUUGCACUCAUUUGUUGAGAGUGGUCGGGGUGGAAUACCUUUCCGUCCUGCUCCGCUCCCUACUUUAGGAUUGUCUCAAGGAGACAAACAGUGUAUCCGUGAUCGUUCCAGCAUAAUGGCCAGACACAUUUUUGCUGAUAAGGGUGAAGAAUUUAUUAAUGCACAGGUGAAUGCCCUUUUAUCUUCUUUAGAUAUAGACAGCAAUGGUCAGGUUAAAGGACCUUUUCCUGCUGGAAUACGAGAACUAGAGGGUUAUUGGAAUGAGUCCCAAGGCAUGGCAAAACCAGGUCUUCCAGGUGCAGAUGGAUGGGUUACUGAAUUCAGCCAGAAUCGUGCAGAACUUGGUGAUCCUAAUGCUUGGGCCCACUCCUUUGAGCGACAGCAUGGGGCCAAUGGAUGGGCCUCUGAGUUUGAGCAGGAGCAAUCUCAGUUGACGUCGAUGGAUCAUAUGGGAGGGGUAAAUGUUGCAAACUUGGCUGCUAUGGAGCAAAGUCGUAUGCUUGCUAAUACAUUAGCUCAGAACAAUGAUCCUAAAUUUCAGAAUUCAAAGUUUCUUCAGUUUGUGUCAAAGAUGAGUCGUGGAGAACUUAAUAUUAAUGAUAAUCAAGCAUCAUCAUCGGGGGACUGGGCAACAGAAUAUCAACAGAAGUACAAUGCGGGUCCUGCUUGGGCUGAUGAAUUUGCUUCUCGUGGAGCUGAUCGCUGGGUGAAUGAGUUUGCGUCUGGUGGAGAAAAGCAUGCUUCAGCUGAUGAUCAGUGGGUGGAUGAGUUUUCUAAUUUGCAAAUUAAUAACGAGUCCAAUGACUGGGCAGAUGAAUUUGGGAAGCAAGUUGGUGAAGGAGCUUUUGGGGAGAGCUCUGCUGAGGCUUGGGCUAAUGCUUAUGAUGAUUACCUGAAUGAGCAAGUUACUUCCAAGCAGCGGUCGGAUGCUUCUAGAGGGGUCUAUGUCUUCUCUGAUAUGAAUCCCUAUGUUGGUCACCCGAAUCCUUUAAAAGAAGGUCAGGAACUGUUCCGCAAAGGCCUUUUGAGUGAAGCCGUGCUUGCUCUAGAGGCUGAAGUUUUGAAAAAUCCUGAAAAUGCUGAAGGUUGGAGGCUACUUGGAAUAGCAAAUGCGGAGAAUGACGACGACCAACAGGCUAUUGCAGCUAUGAUGCGGGCACAGGAAGCUGAUCCAGCUAAUUUGGAAGUGCUUCUUGCUCUUGGUGUGAGUCAUACAAAUGAGUUGGAGCAGGCUGCAGCAUUAAAAUAUUUAUAUGGCUGGUUACGUAAUCAUCCAAAAUAUGGGACGCUUGCGACUCCUGGGUUGGCUGAUUCAUUGUACUAUGCAGAUGUAUCUAGGUUAUUCAAUGAAGCUGCUCAAAUGUCACCAGAGGAUGCAGAUGUUCACAUAGUUUUGGGUGUUCUUUACAAUUUAUCGAGAGAGUAUGACAAAGCCAUCGAAUCCUUUCAAACGGCUUUGAAACUGAAGCCACAUGACUACUCUCUUUGGAACAAGCUUGGUGCAACACAAGCGAAUAGUGUUCAGAGUGCUGAUGCAAUUUUGGCUUAUCAACAGGCUUUGGAUUUGAAGCCCAAUUAUGUUCGUGCUUGGGCAAACAUGGGUAUCAGUUAUGCCAACCAGGGCAUGCACGAGGAUUCUAUUCGUUACUAUGUUCGUGCGCUAGCCAUGAAUCCAAAGGCAGACAACGCAUGGCAAUACUUGAGAAUUUCAUUAAGCUGUGCUGAUAGGAAUGACAUGUUAGAAGCUUGUGAUUCCCGGAAUCUCGAUGUUCUUCAAAAAGAGUUCCCUCUAUGAUAAACAUAUAUAGAUAUAUAUGUAUGGUUUAAUUGUUAGUAUUAGAGGAGGAGAUUAAAUACAUGGGAGUUACCACUACUACUAAUUGGUUGAGUAUAUAGCAAAAGCUAGCAAGGGCAAGCAAGUUGGGCUAUAUUAUUAGAUGAAUAAGAAGGAUCCCCUCCCAAUCCCAUGUCUCUCUCCUAUUAUAUAUAUUAUUAUUAUCAUUCAUCAUCAUCAUCAUUAAUACAAAUCUUUUCUUUUUCUUUGAUUUAUACUAUAGUUAAAUUUGUUGAUGGACACAAACAAUGUUGUAUCAUGUGAUCAUUAUGAAUCAUGUUUAUAAGAGAGAAUGAAAUGAAUCCGAUUUUUCCUUUA